AAACAAGUAUCAAACGUCAUUCACCUCUUAACAGAAGGAUCACCAGCCGAACAAAAAGAUGCCCUAGACACCUACUUCCUGCCCGAUGCUUCAUUCAUCCACCCGCUCUGCCGCGUCCCCAGCUUCUCGCAUGUCUCACUGCCGGUGCUGGGAGAGAUAAACUCGAGAUGGGUCAUCUGGAUGGUUUAUCGAUGGUACAAGAUCCUAUCUCCGCGGAUAAUCCUCAAUGUCGAGUGUGAUGAAUUCAACCAGAAAUCCAAGAUUCUCUUUAUCGAAAUCCGCCAGAUCUUCUCCCUCUUCUUCGUGCCGUUCUACAAAUCCGAUGUGCGCCUUACCACGAAACUCAGCCUCGUGCAGUCGGCGGAAAAUCACAAGUACUAUAUCAAGACGCAGGAAGAUUUGUAUCAGUUGAAUGAGGUGGUGAAGUUCUUUUGGCCGGGAGGGGCGACGGUUAUAUGGGUCUGGCAGAUGCUCGCGACGUUUCUGUGUAUUGUGGGGGCUCUGAUGCUGGCACCUGUCACUUGGAUGUUUCAGCGACAUUCAAACAAGGUGAAUGGGGUUCGUAAGCAUCUCUGA